AUAUUUUUGUUAGAGCCACUGAAGUAAAAUAAAAUCCACUUAAAUAAAAACAGUUGAUUUCAUUAGACUCCGUAACAACCACAAAGAGACAAGUAAUAACCAUGGAACCGACCAAAUGUUUGGACAAACCCUCUCAGUUAAUGGUUUUUCUUUAUUUUUUUUAAUCGUAGAAUAAUACUGAAGACUUUAAAACUAUGAAGAAACACAUAAGGAAGGAUUUUAGUUAUUAUUAUUUUGGUUAUCUGCAACUUAAAUUCACAUUUGAUCCGUUUUAAUACUUAAUUAGCAUGAUCACUUUUUAUUAUUGUCUUUAUUUACACUUUUGUUUUAUUCUUAGCUCGCUAUGUAUCUCAGCUAAUGUGUGGUUCUUUAGUUUAUGACUUUGAGCCAACAAUUUAGUUUAGGUCUAUAUAGUUUAGCAGUUUUUAGUAGCUUAGCUAUUAGCUCCUCUUAGCUAACAUGUAAUGCUAGAUGCUAACCAUUUAUCACAUUUACACAGAUAUCAGCUACCUGCAUCUAACCUUUUUAAGAAUGAUUAAUGUUUUACUACUUUCAGCUUGUCACUAUUUAAGACUCUUAACAUCAUAACAUUCAAGUGAAUAAAUAACAUAAUUUUGUUAACUAUGUGUUUAACUUACAUUAAUUAUUUAUCACCUUAAACUAACUAACCUGCAACUUAUUACUUGUAUCUAAUCUUUUAGUCUGGGUUACAUUUAUUUAUCCAGUAUUACUCCAUUUAUUGCUAAACCUUAUUCCGCCCACAUACUUUUCUGCUUCUUUGAGCCAACACUUAAUCCUUUAACUAACCGUUAAUUAUUUCUAAUCUAAUCUUAUUAGUCACUAUUUUAUUUAUUACUUUUAUAAACACCUGACCUCAAAUUACCUAUUACUAGAGAUUGCAGCUAAAGAUAAUUUCUUCAUGUACGACGACAAUUAAAGUUCUUCUUCUAUCCCGUUUUCAUUAAUAUAUUACUUGUAAGUUUUGCUGUUUACUGACCCAUUUGAAGCAUUUUGCCUCCACUAUAAACAGUUUACAGUGACUUUCUCCUGAUCUCCGUGCAGUGUCAGACACUACAGUUAUAUUUAUUGACUUAACGCAGACUUUUAUUAUGCUACUGACAGGAAUCGCCGCACCAGGCGAUAAUGUUUGGCCCUGCAGCCUUUUAAAUUUAUGUUAUGUUCGCGUCUGGUUCACAUGUGUGUUUACUGUGUUUACAUGCCUGAGCAGCAGAAGUGAGUCCAUUUAUAGGCCUGCUGUCAUGAUGGCAGGAUAAAUUAAUAUCUACUGUAGCACAGUUUACCUUGUUGGGAAGCAACACAGAGAAAAACCUGCACAGACAGUAUGUUAUUGUAAAGAAACAAAGAAGAAAAUCAGCCUAAAUACACUCACAGGAUUAGACGGAGUAAUCCCAAACCAAACACGUGGGCCAGUAAUCCCAAUAAUUUAAACAUAUGGUGGAGAAAUCUGUGCAAAACUCGUUAAUCACAAGGAAGGUUGACAACAACGGGAGAAGAAGAGGAUCAUGGGUAAUGGAGAAAAAGAGGCAUUUAACAGAUUAAUUCAUUGUUCCCUGAUAAGUCACCUUUAAACACCAGCUCAUGGGGAUUUCUACACAUUAUAUUUUAACUUUUGUAUUUUUUGCUCAGAACAACACAAAAUCACCACAAAGAGACACAAAAUAGCUACAGAGGGAUGAAAAACACUGAAACAUGAAUGCAAAAAUAACCAGAAAGUAUUGCAAAUAGCUAAAAAGACACAACACAACUACAGAAAUACACGAUACAGCUAAAUGAAAGCAAAAAUUGCUUAAGAGAGAUUCAAAUCUAUCAAAAGUUUCAAAAAUAAAUGCAAAAUGACUAUAAAGAGACACAAAACAGGCCUAAGGGGAUGUCAGACAGCUACAAAUCGACACAAAAAUGACCAGAAAAAGAUGCCAAAUGGCUACAGAGAUAUGCAAAACAUUCAAAUGGAUCAGGGAUUCCAAAUAGCUACAAAACUAGCAAAUAUUUUUAAAAAGACACAAAGAAGGUCCAAAUAUACAUGACAACUGCAAAGCAAUGCAAAGACAAGCAAAACACUGAAUGAUAAAGGAGAUAUUACCAGAAAGUGCUGCAAAAUAGCUUCAGAAAGAUGUAAAAAUAACAAGAAAGGGAGGCAAAAUAGCCACAGGGAGAUGCAAAACAUUUAAAAUUACCAGAGAGGGAUGCAAAAUAGCUACAGAGAAAAGCAAAACGUUCAAGAAUAAAUUAAAAAUGACCAGAAAUGGGUGCAAAGUAACUCCAGAUAGAAGCAAAACAUUCAAAAAUAAAGGAACAAAACCCAGAAAGGCACACAAAAUAGCUACAGUGAGAACCAAAACAUUCAAAUAUAACCAGAAAGGAGUGCAGAAACAGAGAGAGGCAACACAUUAAAAAAAAAUAGAGAAGCAUAACGGAUACGGAAAAAUGCAAAACAUUCAAGAAUAAAGGAAACUGAGCAGAAAUUGAUGAAAAAAGGCUUCAGGGAGAUGCAGAACAUGCAAAGAUAAUCAGAAAGGGAUGCAAAAUAGCUAUGGAUAGAAGCAGAACACUCAAAAAUAAAGGAAAAUGCCCAGAAAGAUAUACAAAAUAGCUGAAUAAAAUUAAAAAUUAUGCAUAAAGGGAUGCAAAAUAGCUACAGAGACAGGCAAAACGUUAAAAAAUAACCAGAAAGGGAUGCAAAAUAGCUUCAGAUAAAAGCACAACAUUCAAAACUAAAGGAACAAUAACCAGAAAGGGAUGCAAAAUAGCUACGAUGAGAUCCACAACAUUCAAAAAUAACCAGAAAGGGAUGCAGAAUAGCUAUAGGAAAAAAGCAAAACAUUCAAGAAUAAAUGAAACAUGACCAGAAAGUGAUGGAAAAAAAAGCUUCAGAGAAGCAAAACAUGUACAAAAAUAAUCAGAAAGGGAUGCAAAAUAGCUACCGAGAAAUGCAAACCAGUAAAGAAUAGAAAUAAAUUAACCACAAAUGAUGCAGAAUAGCUGCAGAUAAAGGCAAAUUCAGAGGCAUUCAAAAAUAAUUAUAGAUGAAAUGGCUACAGAGGUGAGCAAAUAACCAUAAAGAGUCACAAUACAGCUCCAAAUAGCCAUGAAACAGCAACAAGGAGGCAUCUAACAGCUGCAACGGGAUCCCAAACCGACAUAAAAACGACGACAGUGAAUGAAACCAGGUCCUGAAUCCUCCUCCACACCUGUCAUCACCUCAGAUGCCCCAGACCAGACCAGCUCAGACCCGCACAGAAUAAAGAAUCAGGCCAAUCCCGUGUUGAGGAAUUAAAACACAGUGAAUGUGUCUCUGUUUGAUCCGAGUUUGCGCACUGAGCUUCAUCGUCCAUUGUCUGGGAAGCAGAAGCAGCAGCAGCGGCAGAAGCAGCAGCAGCAGCAGCGGCGGCGGAGAGGAGCGCAGCGGAGCCCCGGUCUGAGCGCAAGGGGAGCGGCUUCUCUGUGGCCCCGAUCUACGGGGGGGGGGGAAGGAUAAAGCGGCCGGAGCCCCAAAGAACCGAACCGAACCGGGACCGGACCGGACACCUCGGACAUUGAUUGAUUAACACUGUUAUUGUUAUUGAUUGAAGGAGAGACCGUCUUGUGUGGCGGUCAGACCAGGCAGCAACAGUUGUCACGAUGUCUGAGAUCAGAUGAGGGCGGCUGGAGGGAGCAUUGCGGCGCUGCGUUGAUCCGGGGCCGUGCGGGAGAACCGUGCGGGAGAACCGUGCGGUGCCGCCGCCUCUAACCACCUGGGACCGCGAGGGCACAGCGCGGUGCGCAUCUGUUCGUCGUGCUGGGAUUUCGGCGUCACUCAUCUCGUCAGCCUAACCUCCCUCCCUCCCUUCUUUCCUCCUUUCCUUCCUCCCUCUCCUCCUCCUCCUCCUCCUCCACCUCCUCCUCCUCCCCCGGUGGUGUCGAGGUUUUGUCUGCGGGUGAAUCCAGACGUCAGGGCCGGCUCAUGUUCCGCUCAGCAGGGAGACGGGCUGUUGCGUCUGCGGAGAUCCAGAGCUGACGAGCCUGCGGAGACGCACGGACAGACACAGGCCCGAGACACAGACAGGAGCGAGGGGAGGGGGGCGACAGCCUGAUCGAGCCCGAGCCCCCUCCUGCAACCCACCCAGAACCCGCCGCCUCCUCUCCCCGCUUUGGAUGGGGGGGAAGCAGAGCACGGCUGGGCGGCCCCGGGGUGCUUUUCCCGGCGUCUCUACGGAUGAUAGCGCGGUGCCACCCUCGGCCCACUUCGGCCACUACCGGCCGAGCGGCACCAUGGGCCUGCGGAGCCGCUCGGUGAGCUCCGUGGCCGGGAUGGGCAUCGAGCACAGCCCCGCCGUGCCCUUCGGCUUCUACACCCCCAGGGGGACGGACUCGGAUCGAGCCGGAGGGGGGUCAGGGGGCACUACCGCGGCCCCCCACGGUACCGGCUACCAGGACACUGGGGGCGGAGGGCACCACACGGACGGGGUGCUGUAUCUGGGGUCCCGGGGGUCGCUGGCUGACACCUUGCCCCUGCACAUCGCGCCCCGCUGGUUCAGCGCGCACAGCGGAUUCAAGUGUCCUGUCUGCUCCAAGUCUGUGGCGUCCAAUGAAAUGGAAGUUCACUUCAUCAUGUGUCUAAGCAAGCCCCGCCUCUCGUACAACGAUGAUGUGUUGGCGAGGGAUGCCGGCGAGUGUGUGAUCUGUCUAGAGGAGCUGCAGCAAGGGGACACCAUCGCCAGACUGCCGUGCCUCUGCAUCUACCACAAAAGCUGUAUAGACUCGUGGUUUGAGAUCAACCGGUCCUGCCCUGAACAUCCCUCUGACUGACUGACUGAUCACUGGGCCCAUCCUGAAAACUGUUCAAGGACAUCUCGUGGUCCAGCCGUGGACACCUGGACGCAGACGCAACCAAAUCCGAUGAAACAAUCAAAGCGAUCGACACCCACACACUCACCCCCGACAGACUCCCCCCAUCAUCCUAAACCAAGAUACUUAUUCCUCGUGAACUGAACCAAAAAAUAAAACUGUCAAAACCGUUGUACGUUAUAAAAAGAAGCGAGGUGGGGAGGGAGGGAGGGAGGGAGGGGCUCCAUUUUACAUCCGCUGACGAUACUGCUUUACAACCCCCUCCUCUCACCCUUCCUCCUCCUCCCCCCCAGCCCUCACCUCACACCUCUCCAGGCUAAGAAAGUCCAUAUAAAAAGGACCGCCCCCCCCCCAUCAUCCUCUCCUUUUGUUUCGACGUGCUCAGGUCCUCGCUGGCCUUCCAUCCGUCUCCGUCUCUGGAUCCAGGCUCGUGUCCGUCGCUUGUGUCCAGCCCUCCCACGGCCUUAACUGGGGGAGACGAGAGGAAACCCAACACAUGGAGAAAAAAAAAAAAGGAGGAAGGAGGAGGAGGAAGGUAGGAGGAAAAACCCGGCGGAUGGAGGAUUGUUGAGCUGCAGGAGCUUGAUACAGAAAAGAGACUGGGCCUCUCAGCUCAUGCAGCAGGACUCCAGCUCGGUGAUGCUCCUUCCUCAUAACCUUAUGACCUUUCCUCAACAAUUACACUAAUUAGUUAACGAAGCGACUCCCCGCGAUGCUUUUUAGAUCUUGAUUGUGUCACACCUGCGCCGGCAGGUCGCGAAGUCAGCUUCUCUGGGGGGUGGUGGCAGUCUGAGCAUGCUCAGUGAAGACUGGGGAGGGAGAGGGAGGGAGGGAGGGAGGAAGGAGGGGGCCAGCAAUGUGUGUCUGGGAUGUUGUCGUUUCAGGCGUAUGUACACUAUGUGGGUUGUGUGUGCGUGGAUCGGUGGUAACGUAGCUUUUGCUGAAGCCUUGUGUGGUUGUGUGCGGGUCGGUGUGGACGGUCAGUGUCGAGGCUGACUGGGACGGUGCUGUGUGUGCGUCUGUGUAUUGAAAUGUUUACAGUCUAGAUGUCCAUGUUUGUGUGUGUGUGUGUGCGCGUGUGUGUGUGUGUGUGUGUGUGUGUGUGUGUGUGUGCGACUGGCAGUCCUCCCUUUACUUUGCUGAUGUUUACAGCUGCAGAGAAGCGACGUGACAUGUUGUAAAUUUCAUACGUAACCUCUCUGAGUUCUUUCGUUUUAGAUCUGCCAGAUUUUUUCCACGUGAUCACGAUUUGUCAUUUUUCUCGUGUUCGGCCUCAAAAAAUGUGAGAGUGAGUGCGAGUGUCUCUGUGCAUAUGACUGUUUUUCAUGGAGGGAUUUUACUUAACAGGUCGACUGGGCACAGACGCACGGACGUUUCUGGUUGUGGUUAGUCAGUGGAACCGAAUACACAAAGACUAAAAAUGAGUCAACGCACACACAAAGAAAUGUCUUAAGCCAACUACAAAAAGAUAUUAACCUCAACUACAAAGUGACUAAAGACGACAAAACAACUACAAAGAGACUCAAAACCAAAUAAAAAUAGACUCAAAGAGACGAAGACUAAAAAAGAUUAACUUUUACUUCAACUACAAAGUGACUUAAAAUGACAGUUUAAUCACAAAAAGCCUCAAAAUGAUUAAAACCGACGACGAACAGACUCAGCCUCUACAGGGAGACACAGAAAGACUCAGAGCUACGGCAAAGAGACACAAACUAUCUACACAGAGACUCUAACUAACUACAAAGAGACAGAGAGUAACUACAAAGAGACACAAACUAACUACGAAGAGACACAAACUAACUACGAAGAGACACAAACUAACUACAAAGAGACACAAACUAUCUACAAAGAGACUCAAACUAACUACAAAGAGACACAAACUAUCUACAAAGAGACACAAACUAUCUACAAAGAGACACAGAGUAACUACAAAGAGACACAGAGUAACUACAAAGAGACACAAACUAUCUACACAGAGGCUCAAACUAACUACAAAGAGACAGAAAGUAACUACAAAGAGACACAAACUAACUACGAAGAGACACAAACUAACUACGAAGAGACUCAAACUAUCUACAAAGAGACACAAACUACAAAGAGACACAAACUAACUACGAAGAGACACAAACUAUCUACAAAGAGACUCAAACUAACUACAAAGAGACACAAACUAACUACAAAGAGACACAGAGUAACUACAAAGAGACACAGAGUAACUACGAAGAGACACAAACUAACCACAAAGAGACACAAACUAACUACAAAGAUACUCAAAGUAACUACAAAGAGACACAAACUAACUACAAAGAGACACAAACUAACUACGAAGAGACACAAACUAACUACAAAGAGACACAAACUAUCUACAAAGAGACACAGAGUAACUACAAAGAGACACAGAGUAACUACGAAGAGACACAAACUAACCACAAACAGACACAAACUAUCUACAAAGAGACUCAAACUAACUACAAAGAGACACAAACUAACUACAAAGAGACACAAACUAACUACAAAGAGACACAAAGCAACUGCUCUGAGACUGAGUCUCUACGAAAGACUGAAAUAAUUCAAAUCAGCAACAAAGAGACACAACAUAACUACAAAGAGACUCAAACUAACUACAAAGAGACAGAAAGUAACUACAAAGAGACACAAACUAACUACAAAGAGACACAAACUAACUACAAAGAGACACAAACUAACUACAAAGAGACACAAACUAACUACACAAACUAACUACAAAGAGACCUGACAUAACUGCAGAGGCUCAGUUCAAUUUCAAAAUAACGACUAACAGACUCAAAUGAGCUACAACGAGACACAAAGAAACCAAACACAAGUAAACGUCCACACAGAAACCAAUGAAGACGCUGCAGAAGGACCCAAAGUUACCACAAAGACACACGACAAACACUCAGACUAACGUCAUCUUUAAUUGCUUUGUCUCGUUUCGGUCCGGGCGUCUUGGAGGGGGAGGAGGUUGCGGGUUUUUAUUUUUUUAUUUUAUUUUUAUUAGUCUGUGCCCAGGGGCCCCGUCGUCUCAUGACCCACCCGUGAACCGUUUGUACAUGUGUGUUUGCAGCUGAUAAAGGCGGCUCUUGGUCUCUGCUACUACUGUCGGCUCCCCCCCGUGUCGUGUUUCUGCUAGAGCAGGUCUGACUGUCUGCACCCCGGAGACGCGAGCCGACCCUCGGACCCUCGGACGGACUCUGUAGUCCCACUGUGGAGCCACUGGACUGAGGGGAGGGGAGGGGGGAGGGAAAUGGGGGGGGCUUAUUUAUUCAUUUGUUCAUAUUUAACAAUAUUUGUUUAAUAUUCCAAUCAUGUGAGGUGUUCACUCACGUUUCAGAAUGAUGCCAAGAGCUGAUGUGUGAAGACUACUACAAAUCAAACGUACAAAAAAAAAAAAAAAAACUGCAUUUACAAAGCUACUGUAAACAAAUGGUGGAAUAAAUUGUGCUAGAUGACA